UAUGGAACAAGAUAAGAGACAUUGCAUACAGCCUACCUGCAGACAGGAUACUUCCAUCUAUUAUGAUUCAGCUAAAGGCAAAUACUAGAGGUUUGGGGCACUUGAGAAUUGUACCAUCUGCUAAUUGGAGUGCAGAGGUCUGGGACCAAAGCAGAAAAGUUGAGAGGCAUAUAGUGAAGUUAAAUCAAAGGACCUGUACAUGUCUUGAAUGGCAGCACACUGGUAAGCCAUGUCAACAUGUAUUGACCUUUUUAAGUAGCCAACGGGGACUUGACCUUGAACAGUUUGUGCAUGAAUACUACUCAGUGGAUAGAAUUAGGGCUGCUUAUGGUAGAGAGAAUGAGCCAAUGACAGAUAAAACACAAUGGCCAAGGGUGGAACUACCAUUUGUUGUUGGUGCACCUCUUGCUAAUGGAGAUGCAGGGAGACAAAGAAAACAUAGGCUGAAAGGAUUUAUGGAGGGUGGCCACAAGAAGAAAACUGCAAAAGAUGGUGAAGGUUCAUCCGAAGUUGCAGGAGCAAAUGGAGGUGACAAUGGUACUGCCCCAAUCAAUGCAAAGGGACAGAAAAUGAUUAGAGGACCUAUGACCGGCGCGAGGUGUGGUGAAAAGGGUCACAGGCAAGCAAGUUCUAAGUGCAAACUCAAUGGGACAGCGAAAAAGAGGAAGUGGAAGCAACCAAGUAAGAAUGUUACAAAAGCUGUGCCAGAAGAACAUAGCACGCCAAAUAGGCCAACAAGAGAAGCAAUACUACGGAAUAGUCCAGGAAGGAGUACUAGAAGCAAGCUUGCAUCCUUAUUAGGAGAGGGCAACUCUUCACAACCUGCCGCUACUAGUAGUCUUGAAAGGAUGCCUACUGCGGCCGCACCAAAAAAGAUGACUCCAAAAAGGAGGCUUCGUAUUGGAUGA